CCCUUUUUCCUUCUUAAUACGGGAAAACUGGUAAUAACUGAUGCACACACCACACGACCCGCCUCAAAGAAAACAGAUAGCGGCUAUGGCGACGAGCAAUUCAGUUAACUACCAGACUUGGUUCCGGUUACCAUCAUCAACCAACAUCAACAAAAAAUUAUCUAAAAUUCAUCAUCCUCCGGUAUCAAAACUGGACGAAAUCAGAGUCUGCACGAACCGGACAUGCAGAAGACAAGGUUCGACACAGACACUUGAAAUUAUCCGAGACAUUUCUCCUCCGCAUGUCUCCGUCAAUUCUUGCGGCUGCUUAGGCUGCUGCGGUGCCGGCCCGAACCUUGCUAUUCUCCCGCAAGGGAUUCUCGUCGGUCACUGCGGCACUCCUGCUUCAGCUGCUCGCAUUAUUGCUGGACAUUAUUAUAAUCAUGACGAUAAUGAUGCGGCGAUACGCAGCGUUUUGGAAGCUGUUUCCCUUAGAAAACGAGCUGAAAUUGAAAUUGAUCAGGCUAAUUUUUCCCAGGCUGAGCUGCUUCUUUCACAGGCUAUAGAGCUUAAACCAUUUGGGGGACUGCAUAUUAUCUAUAAAUGCAGGUCUACUUUAAGAUUGGCAAUGAAAAAUUAUUCAGGGGCUCUUGAAGAUGCUCGGGAAGCUUUGAAUCUAGCUCCUCAAUAUCCUGAGGCAUAUCUGUGUGAAGGUGAUGUUUUCAUGGCAAUGGAAAAGUAUGAAGCAGCUGAGAAGUCAUAUUUGAUGUGUUUAGACGUAGAUCCUACUAUUCGUCGUUCCAAACCAUUCAAGGCUCGGGUUGCAAAACUUAACGAGAAACUGAUUGCAUCAGAUAUGCCUCACAGUCACAACCAGCAAUAACAAUGAAUUUGCCAAUGCUUAUGUAUCUAAUAACGCAAACAAUAGUUAUCAGCAUCAUAUUUCCAGGCUUACCUAGAACAUCACCAACAUGAAACUCUUUUCCUUGGAGCCAGUUGGAGAAAUUGGUGAAGGGCGACCAGCCAUCGAGAUCUCCAACCGUGAAGGUUAUUCCUCUUGCAUGAAACACAUUGAAUGAUGUAGCAACAAGGUGAAGUAUAACCAAACUGGAAAAUGCCAUUCUGUUUCCUGAAAUUCUAAUACAGAAAGAGGUACAUCUUUUUGCAGCGCGUUAUUGUCAUUAAGAAAGGUACGUAUUGGUUGAUCACAAUAUUAGUGCUAUUUUGAUUAGGUUGACAUGUAAGUUGCAUUACCACUGCUAUGCCAUAAUCACUUAUAAAUUGCUACAUCUAUCAACAGCUCUUCACAUGUAAAUCUCGAGCUGCUUUAGUCUGUUUUUUCAUUUCAACUAUGUGUUUUGUUUAAAUAAUAACAAUUAAAUAAGCUCAUGAGAACUGUUUUACAAUCA